ACGCUCCUCUUCUCUCCUCCGAGUGGGCGCCGACUCCGUCCAAAAAGAGAGCGUCCGCGGUCCGCCACCGGCCCACCGCCAGCGAGAGGAGGGGGAGAGGAAAAGACCAAACAACAAAAAAUAUUGAGCAGCAGGCAGAGCAGCUCCAGGAGGCGCCGCUGCCUCUUCAAAAUCCUCCCAGAUUUCCCAUCGCAUCCGCCCCGAUCUCGCCUCCAAUGGACGCGGUGCCGCCCGCGCGCGCGGCGCGGCCCACGAGCCCGUCGCGGCCGCCCAAGGCGAUCCGCAGCACCAAGCCGCGGGGCCUCGACGAGGACACCGCGGCGCCGCCCGCGUUCCCCAAGGCCAAGUCCCCCACCUCUUCCGGGGCCGGAGCCGACGCGUCGCUCCACCACCACCACCACCACGCGGACGUCCCGAUGGACGCCAGCGUCUGGGCGGGGCUUCCUGACGACCUCCUCGUGGAGGUGCUGGCCCGCGUUCCGCCCUUCUUCCUCUUCCGCCUCCGCCCUGUGUGCCGCCGCUGGGAGGCCAUCCUCCACGACCCGGCCUUCCUGGCCGCGCACGCCGCGGUGCCCUCCCACGGGCCCUGCCUCCUCACCGUCUCCAGGAGCGGCGGCGGCGGCGGCGGCCACACCCCGCCGCAGUGCACCGUGCUCAGCGUCCCCCUGCACGCCCGCUACAAGCUCCCCUUCGCCUUCCUCCCCGCCUGGGACCUCUGGCUCGUCGGAUCCUCGGGAGGGCUCGUCUGCUUCUCCGGCUUCGACGGCGCCGCCUUCCGCACGGUCGUCUGCAACCCGCUCACGCAGGCCUGGCGGGUGCUCCCGGAUAUGCAUUGCAACCAGCAGCGGCAGCUGGUGCUCACGGUCGACAAGAGCCGCCGCUCCUUCAAGGUAAUCGCCGCCAGCGAUGUGUAUGGGGACAAAACGCUCCCCACUGAGGUCUACGACUCCAAGGAGAAUAAAUGGUCGGUGCACCAGAUGAUGCCUGCGGCGAACCUGUGCUCGUCGAAAAUGGCCUUCUGUGACUCUAGGCUGUACCUGGAGACGCUCUCGCCGCUGGGGCUGAUGAUGUACAGAGUGGAUGCGGGGCGUUGGGAGCAUAUACCUGCCAAGUUCCCAAGGUCCCUGCUGGAUGGUUAUCUGGUGGCUGGAGCUCGCACGAGGUUGUUCUUGGUUGGGCGGAUUGGGCUGUACAGCACGCUGCAGAGUAUGAGGAUCUGGGAGCUUGAUCAUGGUAGAACAGUUUGGGUGGAGAUUAGCAGAAUGCCGCCCAGGUAUUUCAGGGCUCUGCUGAGGUUGUCAGCAGAGAGGUUUGAGUGCUUUGGACAGGACAAUUUGAUAUGUUUCACUUCGUGGAACCAGGGCAAAGGUCUUCUCUAUGAUGUUGAUAAGAAGGCUUGGUCAUGGAUUGCUGGUUGUGCUAGCCAGCUGUGCAAUAGUCAGGUCUGCUUUUACGAGCCAAGGUUUGACACAUCAAUCUACUGAUGAGUACGGCAAUACAAAAUUCAUUGUGGAUGAGCUUGAGGUCACAUGUUUCUGGGGUUCAAUAUUGAGAUGCCUAUGCAAUGUCAUAUUAUCAUGGAUGUCAGAUGCAUCAAGUGCGGAGAUGAAUAAUGCUUCUUCGUUGAGACACUAUCGGUAGCAGACUUGAGCUACCAAUUUGCAAAUGAUGUCACUGAAGUUCCUUUUCUACAGCAGCUAUGCGAUCUGAUACUUCUGGUUUACAACAUGUAGAAUGUCGCCAUUUUGCCACAAAUGGAGGUCCAUGUUCCAUUCCCAUUUUGUUAGCAAUGGGUUUCUUGUAAAUGAUUCUGUGCCUGAAAUGAAAAAAAAGACAUGCAGUUCAUUGUUAGUACAGUUUCAGUGGGGACUGUGGACUUAGCUUAGUCUAGAGUUCAAUUGGAUCUGGGAUUGCAUUUCUCCACUCAAUUGAUUUAUGCGGUACUUAUGAUAUCUGAAUAACAUCAAAUUGCAUCUGUUUUCUUUGCUGUCCAA